CAAAGCUGUAUGUGUCUCGUAAGAUUCUGUUUUCGGGACCCAAUAUCUCUCUUCCUUACUGGUUCUCGACCUACUCGAACCCGUCUCCACCUCACGCCGUUCGCUGUCAUCUAUGCCGCCGCUCUGAUUUGUCGCCGGCGAUCCGCUUUCCAUGGCUGUCACUACAGUCUUCAAAGCUGAUCACUGCGCAUUCUUCCCUCUCUCCAUCUGUCCAUGUCACCGCCGUGCCGCCCCAAAAGCCGUCGCCUUUGCCCGUCUCCCCUCGGCCCGCCGCCUUCGCCUCUCCCUCCUCUGCGCACGCCGCGUUUACUCCGCUUUCGUUUCGUCAUCUGGUGGUACCCAACUGGAUUCCCACGAGCAUAAGCCCCAGACAACUGAGGCUACGGAGGCAUUGUUUAUCGAGCCAGAGCAGCAGAAGGAUGGGGGCCAACUAAGGAAGCGAGUGUUUUCCGGGCUCGCUAUUGGGAUUGGAGGGGGCGGCGUGGUGGUGGCUGGAGGAUGGGUGUUCACUGUUGUUGUGGCUGUUGCCGUAUUUGCUGCUGCUCGUGAGUACUUUGAGUUGGUGAGAAGCCAGGGGAUGGCUGCGGGGAUGACGCCGCCUCCCAGAUAUGUGUCAAGGGCUUGCUCGGUUAUCUGCGCGUUGAUGCCUGUGCUAACAGCGUACUUUGGUCACAUAGAUGUAUCUGUAACAUCAUCAGCAUUUUUAGUUGCAAUGGCGUUAAUUUGCCAGAGAGCAAUUCCUCGUUUUUCUCAGCUAAGUAGUACCGUGUUUGGAUUGUUCUAUUGUGCUUACCUUCCUUGUUUCUGGGUUAAGCUUCGUUGUGGUCUGGCAGCCCCUGCAUUGCAUACAGAAUUAGGAAAAUAUUGGCCAAUUCUUCUUGGUGGUCGUGCUCAUUGGACUGUUGGACUUGUAGCAACCAUUAUUUCCGUUAGCAGCAUAAUUGCGGCAGAUACAUUCGCUUUUUUGGGUGGAAGGGCAUUUGGUCGGACUCCAUUGACUAGUAUCAGUCCAAAGAAGACUUUGGAGGGUGCCUUUGCUGGUUUAAUAGGUUGUGUAGUUGUUGCAAUUUCUCUGUCAAGAAUUUUAUCUUGGCCUUCAUCUUUAUUAAGUGCUUCAGCUUUUGGAAUUCUGAAUUUCAUUAGUUCUCUCUUUGGGGAUCUCACUGAGUCAAUGAUUAAACGUGAUGCUGGUGUUAAGGACUCUGGAUCUCUGAUACCUGGGCAUGGUGUGGCCAAAAGAACGGUGUUUGUAGUUGAGCUAUUGUCUUGUCUCUUCACAUGUGUGUGGCUAGCCCUCCACCAUGGAUCUCUUGAAUCAGGAGGUGUGCUUGAUAGACUGGAUAGUUAUUUGUUCACAGGUGCUCUGUGCUAUUCAUUUGUGAAGUUCGCUCUACCUGUAUUUGGUGUUUAAUUUUAUCAAAACUUCAAAUCUUAUGAGAGUGUUGAAGAAACAAGCCUGAACUUCCAUUGCUGAGAAAGAAAAAAACAACCCCUUCAGGUAAACCAUCACCUAAUUUGUUUUAACAAAGGGAAAUAAAUGUAUAUAAAUCUGGUCAACAAGGUAACACUGCUAUCCUCUUAACAAGUUCUUUUUUCUGAAAGAUCAUAAAAUGCCAUUGUUAUUUAAGAGGCCUAAUAUAUAAAGCUUUAUGUUAGGGGUUCUAAAGCUUUUAAAUUAUGGUGCAGUUGCAGGAUAGUUUUUAAGUUAAAGCUGCUUAUGGUUCUAUUGUUUGAUUAUAUUCUGAGCAUACUAAUGUCUGCUCUGUGCUAUUUAUUGUUGAUAAUUAGUUAUCUAUGUUACUUAUUUUUUUAUAAUUUUGAGGAGUUUCAGAGAUUUAGACUAAA